AUGACUAAAUGGAUAGAAAAGGUAAAUAUUGAAGGUAUUAAUGGACUAGCUCGUGCGGUUGACAAGACCAAGACUACUCCGUUCGUGACGGAAGGGGAAGUCCAGACAAAUUUGGACCUGGCGUGGACACCUCAGGCCAUCAAACACCCAACACAACCAGUUCAACCAGAUACAAUAGGAUACUACAUAUAA